AUGGCGAAGGAACUUACUUGUGAGUACUCCUCUCCAAUGAGGCCACUUGUCAUUCGUUUCCUCUUUCUCGUUGCUCCUCCCUCGCCACUUAUGUGGAGCACUCGUCCUUCUUCAACCUCCACCUUAACCUCUUCUUUCUUAAGUCCGGGGAGAUCAGCGUUGAAAACAUGGGCUUCUGGAGUCUCUUUCCAGCCUAUGCAAGCAUUGGAAAAUGCAGAGGUUUUGCGGCCAGAGCUUUGGACAUUGGCUACCGAGCUUGAGAAAGGGAAGUCCUCAAAGGGUUCCCAAAUAUCAAAAGACAAUGGAUUGAAAACGUUCCUUUGUUGGUUGCCAAAGAAGCUUAGAAUCAGAGACGUUUUAUAG